AUGUCUGAAGAGGAAGUGGAGGAGAUGCAACAGGAAUUAGAUGACCCAAAACCCAAACCAAAGUGAGUCCUCUCUAUAGCUGUGCCAAAGAUACCAGAGGGAGAAAAAGUCGACUUUGAUGACAUCCAGAAGAAGCGCCAGGAGAAGGAUCUUGCUGAGCUGCACUCUCUGAUCGAGGCCCACUUCAUCCAGCGGAAGAAGGACGAGCAGGAACUCAUCACUCUCGUUAACAGGAUCGAGAAGCGUCGUGCUGAGAGGGCUGAACAGCAGAGGAUCCGUGCUGAGCAGGAGAACGAGAGACUGGCACGUGUUGCUGAAGAAAAGGAGCGGAAGGAGCAGGAGGAGGACGCCAAGAAGAGGACAGCUCUGACAAACAUGACUCACCAGUAUGCCGGCGUCCAACAAAGGGACGGCAGGAAGGGAGCUAGGAAGCAGACAGAGCGAGAGAAGAAAAAGAAGAUCCUGGCUGACCGGAGGAAGCCGCUCAACAUCGACCACCUCAGUGAGGACAAACUGAAGGAGAAAGCCGAUGAGCUGUGGCACUGGCUUAUGACACUGGAGGCUGAGAAGUACGAGCUCACCGAGAAACUGAAGAGACAGAAAUAUGAUAUCAAUGUGCUCCAGACCCGAAUCGCUGAGCAGCAGAACGCCAAGGGAAGAGGCAAGGCCAAAGGCAGGCUGAGAUAG